CAGGCAACUUCCUGUCAUGAAGUUCAAGAGGAUGAGCCAGCGCUGGAGCUGACACUGUCAGCAACCCCAGCCUACGCCACUCUGCAACCAGACCUUCACCUCCCAUCAGCCCUUUUUCUCUCCAGUCCAAAUCCCAGUGCUUUGGACCAUUUUGAAGAAAAGAAGCGCUGGACCUGCAUCUGCAUUCAGCCCUCCUGUCUGUCCAUCAUCGUGCUGGACUGCGUUCCUCAGUGGUCCUGCAUCCUGAGGCAGAAGCUCUUCUUGCCACAUUCCUGGCUAAGCACAAGCGCCCCGUGAGAGCUGCUGUCAACCAGGACAAACUCACAAUCUGCCACCGUUAUGUCCAGUCGACGUAAGGCUUCCACCCCCUGCAUGAUCCGGCCACAGGAGACCAUGGUGGAGGCAGAUGAUGAAGCAGAGGAAGCACAGAGCAUGGAGACAACAGAGAAUCAUAUUCUGGAUGGACCUGUGGACACAGACAUAUCUACACCAGAAGAGCCCUCUGUGGACUUGGAUCCAAAGGACAAGACCUCGGAAACCCCCAUCGCUCCUGACAAACCACCGACUGAACCACCAGAUCCUUCCAAACCGCAGCGUAGACAGCAGGGAGGCUACGAGUGCAAAUACUGUCCCUUCUCCACGCAGAAUCUCAACACUUUCAAAGAGCACGUGGACGCCAACCACCCAAACGUCAUCCUCAACCCACUGUACCUGUGUGCAGUCUGCAACUUCAACACAAAGAAGUUCGACACUCUGACAGAACACAAUGAGCGAUGUCACCCAGGCGAGAGCAACUUCAAGUUCAAGCGCAUCAAAAUGAACAAUCAGACAAUCUUGGAACAGACAAUAGAGGGCUGCAGCAACAGUGCAGUCAUUUACAACACUCCAGGUUCCACUCCUGGAAAAGGGGACGAUCUGGGCGCUCUGCCGCAGAGCAAACCCAGCACAGUGAAAACUGCGAAACAGAAAGUAACACCAGAUCACAGACGGACAGAAACACAGAUGGGCAAACUGACGCCUGAUCUCACCAAGAAACAAAUCACAGCGGUCAAUGUGAACGGGACCGUCAUCAUCCCGGAGUCCACCCUCCUCAAAACAGAUGGCCUUUCUCACAUCAUGCCUUCCUUACAGCAGCCACUCAACUAUACCCAGGUGCCGAAGAUCGCAGUGCCCCUCAACACGACCAAAUACAACCCCUCCCUUGACAACAAUCUCACACUCAUCUCUUCCUUUAAUAAGUUCCCCUACCCAACACAGGCGGAGCUCUCCUGGCUAACCGCUGCCUCAAAACAUCCGGAGGAGCAAAUCAAAGUUUGGUUCACCACACAGAGGCUCAAGCAAGGCAUAAGCUGGUCACCUGAAGAGGUGGAAGAAGCCAGGAAGAAAAUGUUCAAUGGCACCAUCUCCUCCGUGCCUCAGACUUUGACGGUGGUUGCGUCAAAGCUGAACUCCCACUCAUCGACCAACCAUGCCGCCCACACCACGACGUCCAAGCCCCUGCAGCCGACGGCCUCUGUCCUCCAGUCCGUCUCCAGUCAGCUCCUGGCACAGACCAGCCUGGUCCUGACUCCCGUGGCCAACGGCUCCACCGUCACUUGCUCACCACUGGCCCUCGCAGUGGCUAGCCAGGUGGGGCAGUCGCUGAAACGACCUUUGGCCGCCCCUGUGAUGGCCACAGAGAUUAAACGGCCGUCUAUCAUUCAGACCAUCUCUGCUCCCAUGGCCACAUCCAAGCCGGUAUCACCCAAAGUGCUGAGUUUCACCGUCGAUCACAAUAAGACAGCCGAGCAGCUGUCGGUCCUGAGGUCCAGCUACACACAGUGCCCCUUUCCUGAGGAAGAUGAGAUCUACAGGCUGAUAGAGAACACCGGCCUGUCCAGAGGAGAAAUCAAGAAGUGGUUCAGUGAGCAGAGACUUCUCAACCUCAAAAGUGUACCUCCCCCACCUGUGCUGGUAAAGGCAGAGGCAACAGCACCUGUCAAAGAUAGCCCCGUUAAGAGAGCAGUUCCCAGCCAGUUUCCCCUGCUGGAGCGGGUGAAGGGGAAGUCAUCAGAGCAGCUGAAGGCGCUAGAAGAGAGUUUCCAGAGGAGCAGUUCCCCAACGCAGGCAGAGCUGGACCAACUGGCCCAGGACACCAAACUGUCAAAGACGGAGGUGGACUGCUGGUUUUCAGAGCGCAGGGCGCUGAGGGACAACAUGGAGAAGGUUUUGCUCGCUAUGGCUUCCAAGAACACGGAGGAGCGAUUAGAGCGGCGGAGAGGAGCCGUGCUGAACGGCGCUUCUCAUCGAGAGCCGGACGGGAAGCCCCUCCGCUCCUCACCCCACCAACCUGCCCUCUCCUUUCCCUCCGCCUCCCCUCCCGUCCUCGCCGUCUCCUCCCCUCAACCCCCAACCCACUCUUCGUCAGCCUCUCCUCCCGUCCUCACCUCAUCGAGCUCCUCGUCACCAAAUCCUCCCAUCCUGUCCACCUCCACCCCAGCGCCCAUCUCCAGUCACUCGCUGGCCCUUCUAAGGGAGCUGUGUCUGCACACCCUGUCCCGACAGAUGUUUUGCCAGACCCAGUGGCCAUCUCCUGAAGAAUACAGCCAGCUGGAGGUGCAAACGGGCCUGGGACGCACGGACAUCGUCCGCUGGUUCAAGGACCACCGCUCUGCCCUGAAGAACGGCGAAACUCUCGCCUGGAUGGAAAGCUUACAAAGCCAUAACCUUGUAGAGCAGCAUAAAGCCGACCAGGAACGGAAUGGCCAGAUGUCUGAGCGAGACCAGAGUGUUGCUUUGGGAGUCAAGGCUGUGAAGGGUUCCACUAUUUUUAUCUUUGUUGAUCCUACAACCCUGCAUACAGUGGACAAAGAUAGUGGGAACGUAGCAGCUGCACAGAACUCCAGACUGUCCGAUCAAGACCAAGUGCCGUUGUGUACUGAGCGACUCACCCAGGGUGCGACGGACCCGAGCCAGACCAGACAGGACCAAACCUGCUGUAGUCCUGCUGACAAAGAGAGAUGGGGGAGAGUGGCUGUGGAUGUGGAAGAGGACACUGAUGAUGGAGUGGAAAGCCAUAGACUGGCAAUGGACACCGACAUUCUGACUCUUGAGCAACCGGGGAGAGUCACCGGGUGAUGUUAAAGCUUUUGAUUGAGGUGGAGUCAUCAGCCACUUCAAGACGACCAAACUUUGAGCCAGUGAUACGUCUGCCUGUGAUGUCAUCAUAAAGCGCCAAGGACCGUUUAUGUUCCAGCGUUGCAGCAUUGACACGAAGUGCAGACACCGACAGGAAGGAGAGUGCCAAAGCUGGACUUGAUGCAUUGUUCUCACUCCCAUUAUGGGCUGUUCUUUCUCUCUUUUUUAAAGUACACCCCUGUGAAUAUUUUUCUGUAUUAUUUUAAAAAAUUUUGUACAGUAUAACUUGGAGAGCAAGUUUUGUUACAUUCUGUUUUGAAUGUCAACCCCAGACACAAAUGUUUUUUCUUUUCUUUGUUUUGAAAAUUCAAAUUGUACAAUGGUCUAUUCGCUGAAAAUCAGCCUUAUGUUUGGGGUAAUCGUAGAUGAACUUGACUCAGUAUGAGUACAUUUUGAUGGCACUUGCAUUUUUUUCCCGUGGUAGUAAUAGAUAAAUCCCAUACUGGGCUGUUUCCAAACGCCUUCGUAUUUACAGCGACGAGGGUGGGAAUGACUCAGACGUGCUAGAGGGUUGAGCUAAAGGAGCCUGCAAUCCAAACACAGCCUCGGCUCCACCGCUGAGAGUGGACAGACCACAACCACCAACAGCAGCAGUCCAGAUGCCUGAACACCCUGAAUUCUGUAUUGUGUUUCCUUUUUUUUUUAACAGCUGCUCUUGGAUCUCAGCAUAUGAGAUGUGUUCAUCGGGCUGAAGAAGUACAGAAUGUUAACUUUUCCCGAUAUAGAAAUGACAGAUCAGAGAGCAGAAGGUCUGUUCGAUUACACCAUGCUGCCUUUCCAGCUUAUACCUGACAUUUACUACCAGCCUCGAAUGACGAGGGCAGAGUGGUGUACAAUUCCAGCUUUGUGUCUUGAAAGACUUUCUAUAUUUCUUUUGGCUCAAAUAUUACAUGUAAUUUGAAUAGCCAGAGCCGUUUUGAGUCAUCGGUUUUGUUCAGCUGUGGUCCGUGAACACUCAUCUCUCUGUUUUUAGGUGGGGGGGCCCCUUUUCCAAGCUGGUUCUGUUGGCCUCUGUACACACUUUAGACGGAGGUUCAUGAAUGUCUCAUACGCAGAAUAAGAACCUUCACUGCUGAUUUACUGACAACUGAAAUAUUUGGAAUGUCACCGCAGCCAAAGCUGUCAUAAACUUACUUGCAUGUUCAACAAUGACGAUUUUUAACUCAUUUUCAAAAGAAUAAUUCUUUAAAGGGAUCUUUUAUUUCUGGAUCUUGAUUCAAAUCCACGCAAUAUCUGUUCCGGCUAGGAAAGCGAUCUCGGCCUGUCAUCUAGCCAUGAUCUGAACAGCGGGGGUGUGGCUGUAUGCUAACUGCACGUCGGCUCCUGCUUUUUUACUUUCAUGCUCGUACAGUUUUCUCUCUGGAGUACUGUACCUUUGGUUGAAUAGUACAGAAUACUGCUUGCAUUUUCAUUUCCUAUUUUCAAGUCUGCUGCGAUUCAAUAAAAAUACAAUUAACUGUAAAACACUUCUUGCUCAUUUGGUAUAAAUGGAACAAUUAGGACAUAACCAUCAAUAAGG